UAAAAACCGUCCUGAAAGUAGUAAGGCCUUUACUAAUAGACGUUUGUUUUGUGUUUGCGUCCAAUUUCAGAGACGUUGGAGGUCUAUGAGCAGCUGAAACAAAUCCAGGCAGCAACUACGCUGCCUACCUACAUUUAUAAUAAUUUACUUACGCUCUAUGGUUUUCAUGCUGACACAGAAUCUCAGCAGAAGGUUUUUGAAGAGAUGACACAGAGUAAUGUCAAGCCAAAUAAUUAUACUUACUCUGAACUGAUGAAGACUUUUAUAAUGAAGGAUGAUGUCACUAAUGCAAUGAGACUAUUCCAAGAUGCCAAAGAGCAGGACCUGUUUCCUACGCAUUCAGUUUGUCUUCAGUUUCUUAACUGCAUGGCGAGGUCAGGCCAAACAGAACAUUUUGAAAGUGUUCUGGAAGAUGUUGUUGCCAACAAAAUAAGAUUCCGACUUGGCAAAGACCCAGGACGUUUCCUGGCUGGUCUUGUUUAUGCUGCUGUGCAUGCUGGAAAGAAGGACCUUGUUGUGAAACUCCAACUGGAGCAUGAAAUGACAUUGUCCGCGAAGUUCUUUAUUAGACACGCGAGAAACUCUGGAGGUCGUGGCGAGGUUAAUGCCGUUUUGAACAUUAUUGAAUUCCUGAAGGAAAAUAACCUGGACUACGCAGCCAUGUAUAGUCCACUUAUUGACGCUUAUGAUGCCAGACAGGAUCUGGACUCAGUAAAGGCAGUGUAUAACAAGCUGGUCGAAGACGGUGAAAAGCUUGAGGAAGGCUUCCUUCAGCAUUACAACCAUAUACUGAUGAAGAAUUCUGGAGGAAUAACUGAGCCGAGUCAUAGCGGAUCAACUAUCAAGACCCAAGCUGUGGACGAAGAAUCUGACUCGUCGUCGAGUGAUGAUGAAAGAGAUCACGUAGAAGAUGUAGAAAAAGAUUUUGAAGAGCUGGAUAAUCCCAAAUAAGAACCUGGCUUUGAAUGUUUCAACCCUGGUACCUCCAAGAUCAACGUGGAGUACUCAGCUUUAUUUCGAUCUUCCUAGUUCACGACUUACAUCUUUCUUUUGUUUGGAGGAGGUUUUUGCAUUUGAAGAUCACCCAAUCACAAAGAACCCAUUCAGUCAGCGGAGUUCUUCGUUCGCUAGAAGUACUUCAUGUUGGACGUAAAGAUCAAGUUAUUCCGAUUUCGCUGGCAUCACACACGGAUGUUACGUUUAGCUUCCAAGUUCGCACUUUAAUGUCUUGGAAAUAUUUUUAGUGAAUUGGGAUACUUAAAGACAGCUUUGCUUCUAUGGGCUAUUUGCGAGGUACUGACCUCUGUUUCAAAACGAGUCCGUGCGAAACCUUUCAUAUGAAAGUGAGUUUGAUUUGCGUGAAAAUUUAGCACAGAAGGAGCACAUUUUCAUAUGAAUGAUUUCACACGGAGACUCGUUUUGACACAGGCAAAAGGCAACUCGCACAUGGCCUAUUGUACGUGCAUCUGCAACCUAAAGAUGAAAUUAGAGGGAGAGUUCUUGCCGUUUUUCUGCGCCUGUGUAAAAGUUUGGAUGUAUUGAUUUCCUUGACCUGAUUUGUGAACCAUUUUGAGAAUGGCUGCCAUUGUAUUGUCGUCCCUGUAUUGAAAGAAUUUAUUAAACUCUAAAUUAAGCAAUGUA